AUGAUCCCUGUUCUCGUUGCGGCCCUCGCGGCGUACGUCCCUCUCGCCUCCGCCCACGCCGCGUUCUGGCACAAGAGUAUGUACGGCUUCAACGUCACCGAGCAGACGUUCCCCUACGACAACCGGCCCGUCGCCCCGCUGCAAAACAUGCCCUUCGACCAAUGGUGGUUCCACGGGCACCUCGACUUCCCCCCGAACGCAGGCGACGUGUUCGAGCUGCCCGCAGGGCAGGCCGCGACGUCCGAGAUCGCGUGCAACAAGGGCGCGACCACGCUCUUCGCGUCCUCCGAGGGCGGCGACAUCCAGAGCGGGGACGACGUGUGCCCGGGCAGCCCCCCGAGCGAGUAUCACACGACGGGCGUGGACGACGUGAAGGGCUGCGCGCUCGCGAUCGCGUACGAGCCGGACGUGCGCAAGAUCAAGCCCGAGGACUUUGUCGUGUUCAGCGUGAACCAGACGUGUGUGUGGAACCGCUUUACGGACUUCAGUGUGCCCGAGCGGAUGCCUGCGUGCCCCGAGGGCGGCUGCCACUGUGCCUGGUUUUGGAUCCACUCGCCCGACAGCGGCAGCGAGCAGAUUUACAUGAACGGCUUCAAGUGCGACGUCACCGGUGCCCGCUCGACCGUCCCGCUCGCGAAGCCCGCCGUCGCCCGCCGCUGCGGCGCCGACCCCGAGCACGGCAAGCUCGACGCCGUGCCCGGCAACUGCACCUACGGCGCGAAGCAGCCGCUCUACUGGCUCCAGAAGGAGGGCAACAACGAGUUCGAGGACACGAUCGCGCCGCCGUUCUAUAACGACCUGUACAACUUCCGUGACGGCCCGCAGGACGACAUUUUCCAGGACUCGUACCCCGGCGGCCUCCCCGAGCCCAGCCCGGAGCAGACGGUCGUCCCGACGCCCGUGAACCCCGCCUCGGCCCCCGCUGCGACCUCUGCCUCGUCCUCGUCAUCCUCCUCCGCCACUGACUCUGCUUCCUCUGCCGCGUCGACUUCAACCUCUUCGAGCGGACCUCUUCCUUCUGCGCGUGGUUUCCGUCGUUCAGUCGGCAGUCCCCACAUUGGCGUUCCCAUUGCUAGGAAACCCCUCACCCACUCGAGGAAGUUGACGUGA